CUACGGUUAUAACUCGUAUGCCAGUCAUCUCAAUAAACGUGAAUUGAGAUCUGCUACUUACAAACCGCUUCUGACACCGACCUCACAGUCACAUUUCACCCUGCGUAAGUGAAUUGAAUCAGUCGCACGCGGGACCAUCUGCGUGAACUCGAAAGGCGAAUCGGCGAAAAGGAGGACCUUGAUUCAAUUCAUACUUUUCUUACUCUUCCGGUCAGUGUGGUUGUGCCCCGUCGCCGGCCGGAACAUUGUCCAAUUUUCGGUGGAAAACGACGUCCGUAGGUGUUGGUUUUGGAGAUAGAAUCGUUGGUUACAACUUUGAAGGACUUAUGGGUAUUUGUUUUCCGGGUUUGAGAAAUCAGAAAUCUUUGAGGUCUUUUUCUUUGGCAUUUGUUGACCGUGGUGUGAAAUUUGCUCCGUUUGGUUGUGGUUUUGGAGAUUGUUCUGACGCGUCUUUUUGCUAGACAAGAAAGUCGACGGAAUUCUGGGUUUUCUUCGUCUUGAGGAAUCUGACACGUCGAAGUCGUGAGGUUUGACUGGUUUUUUGUUGUUUAAUGACAUGAAGCGAUUGGGAAGUGUGAUAGGUAGCGCGUGUUAACUGUUAAGUGCCUUGAUUACUUGAUAAUACAUGAUGGUUCUCCUUUCUGAAGGGUAUAAUUUGAAGUUUGAUGUGGAAACUAAUGUGUUUGGUACAUCUGAUUGAUGGUAAUUGUAUGGGAACUGAGAAAUUGAGUGUUGGAAACGGGUUUUGGUGAAAGAUAUUUGGGAUUCAAGCUGGUUAUGUUUGUAUCUGAUACGAGUCCUGUUUGAUGAAAGAACGGUUACUGGGUUUUGGUAGUCGAAAUCGAGGAUGGCUAUAACGGAUGUCUCAAUCAUACACCAUGUUGCCAUUGUGCUCACUUUGCUUUGGACCUUAUCUUCUUUUAACAUCUGCCACCCUGCGGUUUACUUCAUAUCUUUAAUCUAUCUCUAUGAGGUUCAUGAACAUUAUAGCAUGAGGUUGCGAAAGAAGUUGCAGUUUGAGGAAAGAAAACAAGCAAAUCAGAGAAGGGUACUUUCUGAUUCAGAGACAGUGCGGUGGUUAAACCAUGCAAUAGAGAAGAUUUGGCCUAUAUGCAUGGAACACAUUGUAUCACAGAAGUUUCUUCUUCCAAUAAUUCCUUGGUUUUUAGAGAAGUACAAACCAUGGACUGCUAAGAAAGCAGUUAUUCAGCACCUAUAUAUGGGAAGGACGGCUCCAAUGUUUACAGACAUAAGGGUCCUUCGUCAUUCAACUGAUGAUGACCACCUGGUUCUGGAGUUGGGAUUGAAUUUUCUUUCAGCAGAUGACAUGAGUGCAAUAAUUGCUGUAAAGCUAAGAAACAGACUAGGAUUUGGCAUGUGGACAAAAUUGCACAUGACAAGCAUGCAUGUUGAAGGGAAGGUUUUGAUUGGUGUGAAGUUCCUCCGUGAAUGGCCUUUCCUUGGGCGUCUUCGGUUAUGCUUUGUUGAGCCACCAUACUUCCAGAUGACAGUAAAACCCAUCUUCAAUCAUGGAGUUGAUGUUGCAGAACUUCCAGGAAUUGCAGGAUGGUUGGAUAAGCUUCUAGCUAUUGCAUUCCAACAGACACUUGUGGAGCCCAACAUGUUGGUCGUUGAUGUGGAAAAGUUUGUCUCAGCACCAACAGAUGCUUGGUUUUCUGUACGUGGGAAAGAAGCUAUUGCUUAUGCAAAAGUGGAAAUUGUGGAAGGAGCUGACAUGAAACCUUCUGAUCUAAAUGGAUUGUCUGAUCCAUAUGUGAAAGGGCAGCUUGGUCCUUACAGAUUCCAGACAAAAAUUCAGAAGAAAACUCUUGCUCCAAAGUGGCAGGAGGAAUUCAAGAUACCCAUUUGUACAUGGGAGUCACCUAAUGUACUAAUUCUUGAAGUUCGUGACAAAGAUCACUUGUUUGAUGAUAACCUUGGGGACUGUUCCAUAAACAUUACUGAUCUAAGAGGAGGGCAGAGGCAUGACAUGUGGUUACCACUUCAGAACAUUAAAACGGGAAGGGUGCAUCUAGCAGUAACUGUACUUGAUGCUAAUAAUGAGGCAAAAUUUGCGCAGAUGGAAGAAAUUCUAUGCAAGGAGGAAUCAUCAACCAAGAGAGAGGAUAUGAACCUAGAGCCAAGUGUAACUGCUGAGGAAAGCUCCGAUUCAACUCUAAUAUUGGAACAGAACCCAAAAGUGGCAGAUAAAUUUGAACCCAUUGACAUUGAAGGACAAAAGCAUACAGGAGUAUGGGUUCAUCACCCAGGAAGUGAUGUUUCACGAACUUGGGAGCCCAGAAAAGGAAAGGGUAGACAAGCUGAUACCCUAAUAUAUGGAGAGGGUAAUCUCUUCAUUGACAGCUUGCAGUCAGGAGCAGGUUUAUCCAUUGAUGAUGAUAGCAGCAAUGAUGAGAAUCUAGAGGGAAAAAAACAAAAUCCGCUUAACAAAUUUAGGAAGAGCCUGCAGAAAAUUGGUUCAGCAUUUCACAGAAGCCCUAAAACAGAAGAUCCUGUUGACAUCAAAGAAACAAUUCCCUCACAAAGUGUCAACAGCCAAGCAGUGAAUGAGAAGACAACAGCUUUGAUGUUUAUAGUUGAUGAUAAUAUUUGUACUGCAGCUGUCCAAGACCCAAAAGCAGAAGGGGUGAACUUCAGCCCCGAGAAGAAUGGUCCAGAAAGUCCAGACAAGGGAAACAUUAAAGGCAUGGCAAAGAGCAUUCUGAAGCAUGCUGGAAGGUCUGCUCAUGGCCUGAAACAUGCACUUUCAAGAAAAGGUUCAAGCAAGUCUAAGGGGGAUUCUUUAUUAGCAUCAACUGAAAAGGGCACAUCGUCACCCUCAACUGAGAACCCUUGGGUAGUCGACUCAUCUGAUGGGGAAUCUGUAUCCUCAUCAAAGGGUUUCACUCAAGUUGUGAAGGGGAUCCCAAUUGACUCUCCUCUGAUAAAUAAGCAUGUCACAGAAUCCCCCAAGUCCGAGGAACAAAAUGUCCAGACGAGCUUGUAUGAUUCUUCAAAGAAUAUGGAGGAGGCUUCCAGAGGUGUGGCAACACAAAGCAAUAUUGUGUGCACUGAUGUACAUGGUGAAGGAGAACCCUUGGGCACAAAGCUCACAGAGGAGUAUUUAGCCACAGAACAGCAAUAGGAUUUUCUUGGAAAGUUAAUAAUUACUUAAAAUUACCUUCAGUUAAUCAAAAAACUAAAGAAGAAUAUGAUGGCAAAGCAUUUAUUGGUUGGGUUUUGUCUGCGCUGCUUCAACUUCUCUUGUUUAAAUUGUAUUUUCACUUCACAUAGAAACUCAGAACUGAACAUGGUGAAUAUUGUCUCAUAUUUGUUAGGAUUUGUUGAUUUCUGGGAAUAUACUUGGGUUCUUGUAUGUACAUUUGUAAUAUUGAGGAAUACUGCCAUUGAGAUCAAUUUUGUAAAA